AUGAAAUUGUCCCAGAUCGCUCUCGUCUCGGCAGCUGCCGCUUCUAUGGUGGUGGCCGCUCCAGCGGCCGCCACGGUGACCCAACACGUCCACGGCAAAGCGACUGCUGUCGUGAAAGGCUCUCUGUACACUGAAAACGGCUCCGUCUUCACAUCGUGGACCACAGAGCUUCAGGAUGCGCCUACCUCGUCUGUGACAACCAGCAGCGAUUCCUUCCAGCCUACUGUGUCGUCCGCUGCUCCUGCAGAAAGCGUUGUGGUUUCGACCGUGGUGUACUCCGCUCCUACUCCUUCCCCUGAAGUCGCGUUCAGCUCAUCGAGCUCAUCGAGCUCAUCGAGCUCAUCGAGCGCAUCCAGCUCGUCUGUAUGGACUUCUUCCUCGGAGUCGACUUCCAGCGCAUCUGAACCUACCAUCGUCAGCACAAUUGUAGGUCAAAAAGCGGUCCAAAGCGUUGACCCCGUCUCCACCAGUGCCCCAGCAUCCUCGUCGUCGUCGUCAUCGUCUUCGACCACAACAUUGGCACCUUCCACCGCCGCUUCUUCUGCUUCGACCGAGUCAUCCUCAUCUGCCACUUCCUCGUCCUCGUCCUCCUCUUCUUUGUCAAGUUUCGCUUCCUCCAUCCUUGACGCCCACAACACCAAGAGAGCCUUGCACAAGGACACUUCCAGCUUGUCCUGGUCGGAUGAGCUAGCUACAUAUGCUCAAAACUACGCUGACAACUACGACUGUUCCGGAUCUUUGACCCACUCUGGCGGUCCUUACGGUGAGAACUUGGCAUGUGGUUACUCAGCCACUGGCUCCGUGGACGCCUGGUACGACGAGAUUAAGUCUUACGACUUUUCAAACCCAGGUUAUUCCUCUUCUACUGGCCAUUUUACGCAAGUCGUGUGGAAAUCUACAGAACAACUGGGUUGCGGGAUCAAGCAGUGCAGCGGUGGUACCGGUGACUAUGUCAUUUGCUCCUACAAAGCAGCUGGAAACUUUAUCGGCCAGUUUGAGCAGAAUGUGGAGCCUCUCAAUUAA